AUGUCAAGAAUUUGCUUAGUAACAGGUGGGACUGGUUUAUUAGGAAAUAGUUUGCGUGAAGUUAUAAAAAGUACAAAUACUGAUUUUAAUGAAAACGAAAAUGAAAUAAUUAUAAAUUCAAACGACAAAAAUAUAAUAAAAAAAUAUGUUUUUUUAAGUUCUAAAAUUUGUGAUUUAAGAAAUUAUGAAGAUACACAAAAAAUUUUUGAAAAAUAUAAAUUUACUGAUAUUAUACAUUUUGCUGCACAUGUGGGAGGUUUAUAUGCUAAUAAAAAUAAUAAUUUAAAUUUUCUGACAAAUAAUUUAGAAAUUAAUUCAAACGUAGUUAAAUUAUGCCACAAAUAUUCUAUUACUAGAGGAAUAUUUACUUUAUCUACUUGUAUUUUUCCGGAAAAAUGUGAGUUACCUUUAAUUGAAGAAAAAAUUCAUGAUGGUCGAUGCCAUUUAAGUAAUGAAGGAUACAGUGUAUCAAAAAGAGUUUUAGAAGUUUUAGUCAGAUUCUAUAGAGAAAAAUAUAAUUAUGAAUGGAUAUGUAUAAUACCAACGAAUAUAUAUGGUAAAUAUGAUAAUUUUAACAUAAGAGAUGGGCAUGUAAUUCCAUCUAUUAUUCAUAAGAUGUACUUAGCCAAAGUUAACGAUACUUAUGUAAAACUUCUAGGAGACGGAACAGCUAUCAGACAAUUUAUUUAUAACAGAGAUAUAAGUAGAAUAUUAUACUAUAUUCUAAAUACCUAUUAUUCAAAGAAUUUAACAAUUAUUAAAGAUAAUAUUUUUAAUGUUAUAUUAUCAACUAAUAUUCCUUCAAAUGAAUUGACAAUUAAAGAAAUAGCAAACAAAAUUAAAUAUCAUUUAAAUUUUAAAAAUGAAAUAUUGUUUGAUACAAAGGAAGAUAAUGGAAUUCAUAAGAAGACUUCUUGCAAUGAUAAAUUAAUGAAAAUUGUAGAAGAUUCAUUCGAAUUUACUGAUUUAGACAAGGGACUAAAAGAAACUAUUGAUUGGUUCAUUUCUGAAUAUGAAAAUAUAAGAAAAUAA